AUGUCUACUCACGCCAACGACUCCGCCUCUUCGGGCGACCUUUCGGCGGAAGUGACCGCAGCCAGGGCUUCCGCAGACAACGAUAGCGCCGACGCCCAAGUUGCGGUGGACAGCAAGCCGUCGGAUGGCAAUAGCCCCGUUGAUGGCAAGGAGAACCUGCCCUUGACCGAUGCUGCAGUGCCCAAGAAGGUGUCCUCAAACAACGAUAGCGCCACCACCAAAAGCGAGGAGGAGAGCAAGCCGUCGUUGGAUGGCAGUCCUGAUGCUGUCGAGGGCAAGGAGAACAUGGACUUGGCCAAAAAUGCAGAGCCCAAGAAGAAGAACAAAACGUCCAAGAAGAGCAAGAGUCUGAAGAAGCGCGCCACAGGCUUUGAAGAGUACUUUUGCGACCCGCCCAUAACCCCGGCAGAGUUCGAAGAGGAGAGGAACUCCAUCUACCCCCGGAACAGACCCUUCGUUGACCGCAUCGAGGAAUGCAUUCAGCGUUACCGAGCCCGUCGCCGCUUCGAUAGCGCGAAAGAACUGUUAUUCAGCAGGUACUUGUUCUUGGGCGGCAUUGAUACCAGCGCUCGCCAGUUUCAAGGUACCGCGUCGUUCACCAGCCGCGACUUGGAUGGUUUGGACAAGGACGACAUCCAUGAUAUCGGGGCCAACGACUUCGUGGAGCGUAAGCCUGGUAUGCAUGCUUCUCGCUACUACAACCCCAACGAGCCGGAGCACUGGGAUAUCGACUUCACUGGCGUGGCCGCUGGAUUCUUCUCCGAGACUAUGAUUCGUCUGACCACCCCCGGAGCAGCUUCCUAUACGGCCGGCGUAGAUGUUGUAUCCAACUUCCUCAAGUACGUUGAUCUUCACGACGUCUGCCCCGAGCACGCCGAGGACCUCAGGAAUGCGCAAAAGGUGUGUCAGAAGGCCCGCAAGGAGAUGCCCGUGCUCGUCCGGAUCCUUCUCCUCUUGCCAGGUGACUUCAGUGCCGCCGCCUGUCUGGCAACCUGCGAGGACGACAAUGACAACGUCUGGGCGCCUAAGGAGGUGGACGAAGUGGACGAGAAAACCGCCAGCCAGAACAUGGGCAUUGUGCUGUCCAUUCUCAUGAGCUCCAAUUGCGGACACGAAAAGGGGGUCAAAUUCGAUAAGCUGGCUGGGUUCCCGACCGUCACCAAGACCAUCACUCAGCAGGCGUACGAGGUAGUGGGCAUUGUUCUGCCCGACGACGAGUGCCACGCCAAGUUCAAGAGCGUCAACAAGCAUCUUGCUGACAUCAACAAGCACACUGAUGACGCCAACAUCAUCAAGCCCUGUGGCCUCCUUCAGGUGAAGCCCACCAUUAUUCGCAGCGGCUGGGAGAACACGAUGCACAAGACGGUAGAGGAUGUCACCUACAAUCUGGUGAUGGAGGAGGAGAUCUUGACCUUGAUGAAGGUCGGCUUCAAGUUCGAGAUGGACAUUUGCCUGUUGAACUACGGCGUCGGCUUCAUCAAGAAAUUCGUGGACGGCCAUCCGACCUUUUACGAGUUCCUGCCCCAGGAGCUCAUGUGGGGAUACAAGGAGCCGGACGCAAAUCCCAGGCCCGGCCCGAGCAUCCACAACCCUACCGGAUCUUUUGAGGGCGGCGAUGGUAUGGGCGACUUCUUGAACAAUGAACCGGAGGAUGAUGAUCCAAAGGUUGAUGAUCCGAAGGCCGAUGCCCAGGAUGGUGCUGCUCUCUUUAAUGCGGGUGGUACUGCAUAUGGAGCUGAUGGUGUUGAGUGGGCACUCUAG